AUGGAAGGUUUCAAGAAGUUUCAAUCGCUCGGGAACACUACUAUGCUCGACUCAACCAACUAUGGGCAUUGGAAAGUCAAGAUGAGUUCUUAUAUUCGUGGGCUUGAUGAAGAUACUUGGAGUGCAGUUACGGACGGAUGGACUCGACCGACUGAUAUUAUCGAUGGAAUUGCCAAAGUGAAACCAAAGAGAUAUGAAACUGCAAAGGAUGCAUGGGAUACUUUGAAGCUUAUACAUGAAGGAACAUCCAAAGUGAAAAGAAACAGAUUGGAUAUGAUAGAUCUCCAAUUUGAGCGUCUGAGAAUGGAAUAUGAUGAGAGUGUUAAAGAGUUCUGUGGGAAGUUGAGUGCCUUGUUGAAUGAGGCGAGUGUUCUUGGAAGGAGAAUCAGCAAUGACAAACUUGUGAAGAAGCUCUUGAACAGUCUACCAGCAAAAUAUCAUUCUCAGAUCUUGGUGUUUGAAGGAGUAAACAAUCUAGAGACCGUCACAUUCAAGGAAGCUGUAGGUACUUUCGCUGCCCAUGAAUUGAGGCUACAAUUGAUGAAUGGAGGGUCAUCUGUCCAACAGAAAAAGAGACAAGGUAUCGCUCUUCAUGUUCCUGAAACAAGAGAGACCGUGUUAGAGAGUAGAAAACCGGUGAAGAACAAGAAACAGUCUGAAGAAGAGUUGCAUGAUGAGAUGGCUUCUGUCAUUAAGAAGUUCAACAAGUUCUUCAAGGGAAAGAAUAAAUUUGGACAGCAAAGUGACAGAGAUUCAGGAAAAUGCUUGGAAUGUAGGGGUGCAGGACACUGGAAGGCUGAAUGUCCGAGCAUUGCAAGGAUGGAAAGCGUGCUGAAAAAUCUCAAGAAAACUCAAUGCUUUGAAUGCAGGGGUUUUGGUCACACAAAGAGGGAAUGCAUAAAACAGAAAAGAAAAUCCUUGAUCACUCAUGAGGAUGACUCUUCAAAUGAAGAAAGUGAGAGUGAUGAGGAUAAUCUAUCUAACUUUGUGGCAUUCCUCGGGGUUAUCGAAGAAGAAAAUGAUGAAGUGAUGAAUAGUGAUGAUGAAGAAGUCACUGAGGAGGAAUUGUUUGAAGAGAUGAACAAAUUGGUGAAAAUGAAUAAACAGCUGAUCAGUGACAAACAACAGUUGGAGAAGGAUCUCAGUCGGGUUCAGAUGCAACUGACAGACACUCAACAGAAGCUAGCUCAAAAAGAAGAAGAAGCUUCACUUAUGAAAUGUCAGUUGGAAGGCACUAAGAAGAAUCUGCACCUUCUCGGAAAUGGAACUGGAAAGCUGGAUCACUUACUGGGAUUAGGUCGAAACUCUGGCCUUGGAUAUCAAGGUAAAUCACAUUCUGAUCUAAAAUUUGUGUCUGGAGGAAAUUUGAGUCAAGAGCCACCUGCAACCAAACGAAGUAGUACUCACCCACGACCGUUUGUGAGAAAGACUGAUUGGAGAGGUCGAGAAAAUAGGAGUUGUUAUCACUGUGGCAAAGAAGGACAUCUCAGACGUAACUGUUUCUAUUUGAGGAGAAACAGAGGAAUUUCCAGGUAUCCACCACCAUCCUAUGAUUAUCCUCCUUGGAAUCUCAGGUGGGUUCGUAAAUCAGAUUUAGCGUGCAAUGUGGCAUACACUACUGAGCAGAACAACGAUACUGGAAUCUGGUACUUUGACAGUGGAUGUUCCAAGCAUAUGACUGGUAAUCAAGCGCUGUUGAAAGGGUUCAUUGAAACACCAAGUGGAGGGAGUGUUACAUUUGGUGAUGGGAAACAAGGAAAGAUUUUGGGUAAAGGAACACUGGAUCAUGCUGGGCUACCCAAACUGACUGACGUCAAGGUAGUUCAAGGACUGAAAGCCAACCUCAUCAGUAUUAGUCAGCUAUGUGACAAUGGGAUGAGAGUGAAAUUUACGAAGAAUGCUUGCUUCGUAUCUGAUGUGAAAAACAAGCGUGUCCUAACAGGGAAGAGGAAUUCCAACAACUGCUACACUUGGAUCAACUCAAAGACAGAAUCUACGCAACAGACGGUCAAGCGGAUCAGUAAGUAUGUGAAUGAAACUCUAGAGUUUGGAUUGCACUACACAAAGGACUCUAGCUGCGAGUUGGUGGGAUUCUGUAAUGCGGACUGGGGAGAUCAUGCUGAUGAUCGACGAAGUACUUCUGCCGAAGCAGAAUACAUGGUCUUGGGAAGCUGUUGCACUCAACUUCUGUGGAUGCGUCAGAUGCUAUUCGAUUACGGUAUCAACUUACCCUCUUUUACUGCACGUUGUGAUGAUACGAGUGGCAUUAAUAUCUCAAAGAAUUGUGUGCAACAUCAUUUGCUACGGGAACAAGUUGAGAAGAAAACCAUGAUGAUUAAGUAUGUUCCUACUGAGAAACAAUUGGUUGACAUAUUCACUAAACCUCUAAAUAUGAACAGAAGAAAAAUGUGCAGGAAAGAGUAUAGGUCAGGAGAUGUGAAAGUCAAUGAGAUGAAAAUGAAGGGGGAGAAAAUGGAAAUUAAGGUUCGAUCAGUUUCAGAUGCUAAGAUCAACAUUCCGCUGCGACUAAGUCUGAUCAGAAAGAGUAAACUGAGUAUGAACCAGUAG